UACAUGAUCUUUAGAGUGUAGUUAAAGAGUUUCUAACAAGGUGCACCAUAAUGGUUGUGAGCAAAACAAUUAUAAUUUUUUGCUUUUUAAGUAUGUGGUGCAUAAAUGCUGAGGCAGAGGGUCUGGAAAUAUGGGAGGACACAGCAGAAAAUCUACUGAGAAGUUUGAAGAAUAAGCUAGAAGAACUCAAGGACUACGCGUAUACUGAAGAUUCACAACUCUCCAAGACAAGUAUAUUUGCUUUUAUUUACUAAUGGAUUACAAAAUGAUGUGAUGAUGAUCUACAUGUGUUUUCAGACACAGGUGGAAGUUAUCCGUCAUCCUGUCU